UGAAUACGUUGUGUUGUGUUGUGUGUAGCGAGCGAAUCAGCCACACAGCGAUAUCGUCGUAGUCGUGUUGUCGGUGGUGAGCUAGUUGGGUUGCUUCGUCUCGGGGAAAGGUAACGAAAACGAUCCCAUCAGAGAAAUAGGUAAUGAGAAGGCAAUAAUAAAACAAGACUUUGGUUAAUAUAAGACGACGGAAGAGGAGGAGGAGGUAGUCGCCUAAUAGUGAGAAGUGCAGCGAAAAGGAAACGGGAAAAUAGAGAAGACAAAACAACGAUCAGAUGAUUUUUUUUCGCUUUACGUUGCUGAAAAUGAUUAUCAUGCGCUCGAAAUUCGUCUUGCUCCACUGGUGAUGAUGUUUUGGUGAAGGUGACGAUGACGAUGAUGAUGUUAAUGAUUAUGAAGAAGGGGUGAACAGUGCGGAUCAGUGAAGUGAAAAACAAAAGUCGGGAUUAAGUCAAAACAACGAGAUAUCGACUCGGUUGGUUGAAUCUGGCUCAGCUGCUUGCUUCUUCUGCACACAAGUUGUGGGAAAGUGGUGAAGUGUGAAGAAGUGCGGUGCCGAGAGAAAGAAAAAAAAAGAAAACAAGCACGGAUCGUGACCGUUGGGAGCCAGGGGUAAAGGAAUAGCUGAUCAAACUGGCGACGGUGCGGACCGGCUUGAUCCGGACUUUUUGGAGGUGGCAGGCCAGUUACAGUAUAGCCCCAGCCAACCGAACUGGAACAACGGCAGAAACCGCAGGCUGGCAAACCGGAGCCACGGUUUCUCGUUGAGGACUGAUCCCAUAACGCGUGCGAGGAAAGAAAGAAAUUCAGGCCACCGGGCUAUGGAUCCAAUAUUCUUCUCUCCGCCUAAUGGAGUCCCGUCGGAAAGUAAACUGGCAACCUAUAUGAGUCGUCAGAACGUUUCCACGCCAACGUAUGGGUUGUCCUCGGGCCUCAGCAAAUUGAACUUAGACUCUCCUAUAUCGAUUAAGAAAUCCCAGGUGACACCACAGUCGCCAGAAUUCAUUCCAACCAAUCGUCUGAACACCUCAUCAUCACCAAACUUUUACUCAUCGUAUUCGAUACUCGGCAGCAACGGCACCACAGGAACUGGUGGGAUCGUGGGUGUUGGAGGCAACAGCGUGAUAGCGUCCAGUAAUGGGGCAACGGUGGUCGUUGCGGGGACCGGUGCAGCGUCCGUUGUCCAGUCCCAGACAACACAGCUUUCAUCGGUGGCGACGACGAUCGUGCCGACCGGCGUAGGUGGUGGAGGGGGAGGAGGAGGAGGAGGAAUCGGAAAUGGAGCAACCGGCAGUUCCGGUGCGAAGUCUCAAGCGAGCAGCUACGGGAGCAGUAUCCUGGGAAGCUCGCUUGGCAGUAGUUCAACCUAUGCCGUCACUCCGAUCAAGGGGCGAAGUUUACUACGUAAUGAAUCACCACAAAGUACUAAUACAUCUCCUCGUAUUACGCCUCAACCAUCACCACCACCAAUUGCCACCAAUAUUCAUCAAGAGAAUGUCGGUGGUACGACGUAUUUUUAUCCGACCGCAGCAAAUCAUCAAUUAACACCGAGUAGUACCGUUAACACGACUGAAAACACAUUUGUCCAUGUAACAAGCUCACAAAUUAAUCUAAGUUAUUCGCAUCCAGGACAUGUCUACCCGGGACCCGCGUCGAACGUUGUCAACAUGCAACCGAAGGCACAAGUAUCGAUGGCGUACUUCCUACAGGACGAACUGAGAAACGAUAUUUUAACUAGGAACGAAACAGUGAAUAGUAUUGAAACCGAGUGUCAAGAUUUACCUCUAGAAGUGGAGAACUACCACUCGUUAUGUCUGUUGGAAUCUUUGCCAGUCCAUCCCAAGCUACCACUACCGUCAUCCACCUACAAAGCAACACACCAUUUAACUGGCGUAAAAUACUGCCUUCGACGUCUUCACGGUUUCCGUCUGCAGUCGACCAAAUGUAUGCAAUUUGUCGAUAUGUGGAAAAAGCUACAGCACACGAAUGUAGUACAACUACGAGAAGUAUUUACUACCAAAACCUUUGCGGAUAAUUCCCUGGUGAUAGUGUACGAUUAUCAUCCCGGUUCCCAGACGUUACUGUCGAAAUACUUCAUCCCCAGCGCCGAGUCAACGAACGGAUACACCGACCCUUUCUCCGGCGAAGCACGGCCCUUCAGUCACAAAAGUUCCCUGCACCGGACGGCUGCCAACACGUUGCUGCCGGAAAACGAAAUCUGGUCAAUUAUCAUCCAGUUAACUGCCGGACUUCGAGCGAUCCACCAGGCUGGCUUGGCCUGUCGAACACUGGACCCAACCAAAAUUAUAAUCACCGGCAAGCGGAUACGAUUCAGUUGUGUGGCGAUAUCCGACAUCGCCACGUACGAACCUAACCAACCGAAUCCCAUGUCUGUCGUCAGUCAUCAUCAACAGGAUGAUUUAACGGCCCUAGGAAAACUGAUACUAGCUCUUGCCUGCCGAAGUUUGCAAUCCGUGCAAAGAGACCAGAUUCAGAACAGUGUUGAGCUCAUAUCGAGGCACUACUCGUCGGAUUUGCGGAAUAUUGUACUAUAUCUUCUCUCGUCGAGUAACCGACGCUCAGUGACGGAGAUAAUGCCGAUGAUCGGUGCCCGCUUCUACGUACAACUCGAUGCAUUACAAGCUCAAUGUGAUAUUCAAGAAGACGAGCUGGCAAAGGAAAUGGAGAACGGCCGGCUCUACCGACUGCUGGUCAAGCUCGGUACCGUCAAUGAACGACCUGAACUUAAUCUCGACGUCACGUGGUCGGAAACGGGUGAUCGUUACAUGCUGAAACUGUUUCGUGACUACGUCUUCCAUACCGUCGCGGAGGACGGCCGUCCUUGGCUGAACCAGUCUCACAUCGUGCAGUGUCUCAACAAGCUGGACGCGGGCACCAUGGAAAAAGUCCAGCUGAUGUCACGUGACGAACAAUCAGUAUUAGUAGUAACUUAUGCUGAACUGAAGCACUGUUUAGAGCAAGCAUUUUCCGAACUGGUUACAGCGGCCACCGUGUAAUAGUAGAUGCAACAGUAGUAAGUAGUAGGUGAUAGCGGUACUAGAGGGGAAUGAUUUGCACACAUGCGCUCAGAAUGUGUGUCCACUAAUAACAAAGCAGUGUUUAAUUGAGGCUCGAGAGUUGUAAUAUUUUCUAAGCGUUAGUAACACAUGGUGAUGAAGCACAAUGCUCUCUACUGGGAGUACUAGCUGCGUUAGUACGUUGAUGAGGUGAGUGUGUGAGGAUGAUGAAAACACAAAAAAAUACACAUACAUACAUACAUGCAUGAAUAAAUACAGCAGGUUAAAAGUGGAGAGAGAAAGCGAAAGAAUGCAGUUUCUAGAGAUACGUUCGUGAUCUUAUUUUUUUAUACACAUACACACCCCUACAAAGAACCAUUACAAAAAAAAAGUGAAAAGCAAAAGCAAAAGAAGAUGGAAUGAUACAUCAUCGUGAAAAUAGAUAUUUACACAAAUACAAAGCAGGAGUAGUUGUUGAACGAGAUUAAUGAAGCAAGGAAAAACUAAUCAACUAAGUAGUGUUAGUAAGCUUUAAAGCAGCUAAACGUGAACAUGUGUGCAGAUGAGUGAGAUUCAAAGUGAAAUUCUGUUGAUCCUUUCCUUUUUUUUCUUUUGAACAUAUGUUUUGUAAAUUCAUGAAAGUCAGCAUUAGGAAUUGUGCGUUUGAACUUGCUUUAGAAACGUUGGAGAAAAACUUUUGGAGUGAAUGAAGUCAUAGGUAAUUUACUACGCUGGCAAAAAAAAUUGGAUCGUUGAAUUUGGUUAACUGUGUGCUCGAACAUUCGAUCUCAAAAACCGAUUUCUUCAUAGUGAGAUUGGAUAAAUUCACUCUAAGGUACUAAUGUUCUAUUGCCGCAUCUUUGAAAGGUAUAAUUUACGAUAUUUCACUACCUCUUGGUUGAUCAAUUUUAGCACUGUCAAUGUUAAACAUAAUCUAUGGUGAUAUAUAUUUUAAGAUUGGAAUAGUAUGAAACAUAAUUGAAAAGCGUGAAACAAUUUUUUUUUUGCAACAAAAAUUUUCGUGUGUAAAACCUAAUAAAUUCGCGGUGAUUACGGAAUUCAACGACACAUUUAUGUCCAGAGCUUAUUAGAAGUGGCUCUAUCAUAUGAAUUAAAAUUCCUGUUAGAACAUUAUCCAUUAAGCCGCAGAUUUUCUUACAUAAUUCAGAAAGUUGAAACGAUUCUUUCAACGGGGAGACCGGGCAAACGGUUUGCUUGGUCUGUCCGUUGAAAGAAUCGUUUCGGUUUUCUGAGAUUCGGCUUUCUGAGUUUCGGCCUUCUGAGUUUCGGCCUUUUGAGCUACGGCCUUUUGGGGUUCGGCUUUUCGUAGUAUUCUCAUUCAGAGAUGCCAGGUCUGCAGAUUUGUCUGUAAAUCUGCAGAUUUUGGGUAUAGUGCUGCAGACAUUUUUUGUUGUGCAAACUUUUGAAUUUCUCGCAGACUUUUGCCGACUUUUGAAAUUCUCGCAUUACUAUCUAUAUUUACAGACUUUUGAAAUUUCCGCGACCUUUUUUUUUUUGCUCGCCAAAUCAGUUUUGCGUGUCAUUCUUUAUAGAGAAAUUGCUGCCACUCUGUGCCAGCAAGACAUACUUACUGACUGCAGAUUUUUUUUCAGAUUUACAGACCCUGUCUGCAGAUAUUUGAAAUUUUUACCUGGCAUCUCUGUUCUCAUUCAAAACGCAAUCAAAAGUGUUUGUGCACGAUCCGUCCGAUGUUCGAAUUUACUGGGUGCACCGGACUGAAAAUGUUGUAUACAAUAUAGAUAGCAAUAUUGCCGCUUCUGUCAAAUUUUCGGCAAUCACCAACACUGGUUUUAAUAUUUGAUUAUUUUCCAAAAACUAAAGUUCGUUUGUGAAGAAAUAAUUGAUAGUAAUCCAUUAUCGGGCACGAUGUAAAAUGAACUGGUGGUCACCAGAGCCAUGUUUGAUUGUGUUUGUAUUUAUCUCAAUUCACGAUUGAUUUUUCAUUAGGGCGUAUAAGCACUUUCUCUUUGUUUACUCUCUCUUCUAUUAAUUACCAAGCGGUUUCCACGUUUAUCACUCAACUCUUUGCAUAAAAUGAUACCCGAAACUUUCGACUUUCAAACAGAGUAGUGAAAUCAAAGAAAAUCUUCUUAAUCACAUCACAAUAAUGGAAAGAGAGAGUGAUGAAAGAGAAACUGUCACUUGCUUAUACGCCCUAAAGAAAAAUCAGCCGAAAAUUAUGAAGUAUGAUGGCCGCUCCUUAGCAAGUAAAAAUCGAAGGAAAAAAAUUAUUGCAUAGCUUCUCUGUCCUAUCUCUGAGGAAAACUUUGUGAUUGUUCUCUAUCCCUACUCAUAAUCCAACGUUUUUCGUUGGGUGCUAAACGUAGGGUUAAGCGUCAAACGAACACAUGCAUAAGUUCAGAAUUAAUUUGAACCAAAACAUUGAGAUUUUAAAGAUAUCUCAAACAAUUGUUAUAUGCAUACUACUAUAACGAAUUCGUAAUAAGUACUUUGGUCAAAUUGGAUGUUAAAUGAAAACUCUCAAAUCAACAACAAUCUGGUAGAAGCACGAAAUUUUUAUGUAGAUAUCCUUUCUUUUUUACUGGUUUCUUCAAAUCAUAUAUCGGUGAUAGAAUUAACACAUAAUAUAAGAUAUGUAAAUGAUGUUAAAUUUUACCAAUCGUCGACAUUGAGCACAAAACCAAGCUGGGAGAAUCGGACGGGAACCGGGAUCUUGAUUGGGUAAUCAUCCAAUCCAAUCAAGGUCUCGGUUCCCGUUUAAGGCUCAUAAAUUGUGGCCUGCUGUCGAUAAUCGACGUGAGUUUAGCAUGCCCGCGUACGGCAGCAAUAUUAAGGCGUGUCUUAUAAUUCAUCGAUUUUAUGCGCAUGCAACUCAGGAAUUGAGCGAACGGAAACCGUUACCAUAGCAUGUACCAACACUGAAUUACGUGUUUAUCGGGUGCCAGUGCCAUAUAUGACGAAAAAAAUGAACACAGUCUAGAUGAUGAACUGGAUGUUGUCGAUGGAGUAUUGUGGUGCGUCAGUGGUGUCAUCAUGACACAAGCGAGUACUGCCCCAACUAAAGCUACUCUAAGGUAUACGACGGUAUCGUUUCUUCUCCCCUUUUGAUUGGAAGAAUACUCCUUCGGUUGCCAGCGUAGUAAACGAUCUGCAAAUAUCUUACGCAAAUUUUCUUCCUCGACGUUUGUAUAGCAAGCACGGAUGCACCUCACUAGUAAUUGUUCGGCUUCUAGGUGGUUAGCUAAUUCGAACCACACAGAAAAUAAAACGUACGUAAUGCUGAGUGACGUGAAAAAAGAACGUAUUUUUUAUAGAACGUGUGAAUGAGCAAUGCGAAAAAGAUUCUCGAUUGAUAAGAAACAAAACUAUUAUUUCUUUAAGUAAUUGAAACUGAGAAAAUUGUUUGUGAUGUUAUUUUUUACUACUAUACAUUCAUUUUUAGAGUCCUUUUUUGUGCGUCUUUUUUUUCCUGAUUACUUUAAAUAUUAAUAUAUAUUUUUUAAUUUACUAGUGUACAAGUUCUCGAGAUUCUCGGGAACAAUACAAAAGAAGAAAUGAAACGAUUGCAUGUUGAAUCUGCAACAAACAUUGAUUACUUACCUCGAGCGCUCCUAGGCUUACAAAAAAAAGUAUGUUUUCUCGUAAAUUUAGAGGUGAUUUAGGGUUGCAACCUUAGGUAAGGUGCGAACGAAACAAGCAUAUUAAUCAUAAUCGUCGAUCGUUUUCGAUCAUGCACAUCCCCCUUCCAUUUUUAUCACUAUCCUUAUCUUUCCGUAUCAGGGACAAACAAGCAACGUUAAAGAUCUCCGGCCACGAAAUUAUUGAAUAGUCCGUACUAAAACUUUCCCCAUUUGAUUUGAUCACUAUUGAACUAAUUUCCCUUUUUUCCCCUCUUUCGGCUGACAAACAACUCCUUCAUCUCUGAUGUUAGAAUUCAAGUGAUCUGUUUUAUUGAUAACUGCAGCAUGCAGAGAAAAGAAGAAAAAAGGUGAUUUUAAUAGAAAAAAUUCUUAACAAACCGCAGAAAAAUUUAUGAAUAAGUACAUGAAAACUAGUAGCGUACAACAAAACAUAACAUUUUUUUUGCGAAACACGCGUGCGAGUGAGGGCAUGAAAGAGAGAACUUACUACACAAACGUAAAUCACUAAAUUGAUUAAACUGCAUCUGACACAGGGAAGCAAACUGGUUUAACUUUCUACAGGAGUUCAGAACGACAAGCAAACGACAAACGGAGCGGAUUCGCUCGUUUAUGCAAUCGAAAACAAAUUCAUAUUCUUCCUGCAAAAAAAAAACUUCGAAACUGCAAGAGAACAACAAAACAAAAGAGAAAGAGUGUAUCAGCUUGAGAGAGAAAGAGAGAGAAUGUGAACAAUGCGUGAAAAUUAAGAAAUAGUGAAAGACUUUUUACUGUGACAAAUAAUAUUUAAAACAAAGGAAAAACUAAAGUGAACAGAAACUGAUAAAUGAAAACACAUAGAGGAGAGAUAUAUUUGUAAUAAAAUGAAAACAAAAAUGCACAAAAAAAUAGCCUAACCAUUCGAACCAAAAGCGGUGUCGUUAUGGCUUGUUGAUUUGAGUUUUGUUUUUUCUAUAGAUCUUGCUAUUUUAGUUUCCAUACCAAUCAAUGAGUGCUAUUAUUCAAAAACACCCGCUUAAAAGUUUUUUUUUGUUUACAAUGACUGAACGGAUUACACUCUUGUAGGGUGAAUUGGAAAAAUGCUUCGAAUUUUCAAAACAAGGAUAGGGUACCAAAAAAAACCUUCUUUUUAACAUUUACUCAAAAACAGGCGAUCGUCCCUUGAAUUCUCAAGCGAAACAUAAGUGUUUCAAAAGCAUAACAUAUGCGUCCACUGAUCUCAUGAUGUGAAAUGAUUUUAUUCUUUCUUUGCCCAAAAAGUAUCGGCUAUUGUAGAGUGCAGUGAAUCAGUUACAGCAGCUUUCAGAAAACAGAAAACACAAAUCAACAAAACAACAGGAGUGGAUUAUUGAUAAAUUAUUAUUAUACAAAAAGAAAUGAAAACCCAGAAAAAAAGUUCAAAACAAAAAAAAAUGAACACGAUCGUGUUCAGCUGAAAAACACAAAUAAAAUGAAGAAAAUUUAUGUUUCAUA